GUCAUCAUUGUCAUGGCUCGCGCCGCUCUUGCUCUCGCCGCCUUGGCCUCCGUGGCCUUUGCCAACCCGGUCCCUGACCUCAGCCUGCCACCUCUGAUCCCCUACAUCUCGGGCAUCAGUGAGCUUCUGUACCAAGUUGUGCCACCAACCCCAAUCCUGCAGGCACCCCUUCCUCCGAUCCCCGCAGCAAAGAUCCCCAGCAGCAACCUCAAGCCCAAGAAGGUCGGCUACUUCUGGACUGGAUCAGCUGAUCAGAGAUAUGCGGAUUUCCUGGCCACCUACAGUUUGGAUGAUGAUACCUUUGGUGAAUUCAUCCACUUGACUGAGGUGCCCAGCAGCGGCAACAGCCCUCAUCACUUGGGCCCCAGCCUUGACGGCAAGACCAUCGUUGGUGGUGGUCUCCUGUCGCUCUUGAAGACCCAAGACACGGCCUUCUACUUCGACACCACCGACCCUUACAGGCCCACCUUCAAGAAGAGCAACCGUGCUGUGCUCUCUUCCAUCGCUGAUGAGAUCCGCGCCAAGCCAGAUGGAGGAUUCUUCAUCACCUACAUGGGCUCCACCGUCGGUACCUCCCCAGGUCGCCUCGUCGAGACCGACAAGGACUUCAACAUCAUCGCUGAACACCCGCAAGAUUUGGCCAGCACCAUCAACAUCCUCGGCGAGACCUUUGCCCCCCACGGUCUCUCCAUCGACUGGGAUGCCAACCUGAUCCUCACCUCUGACUUCGUCGUCCCCGUCACCAUCCUCAAGCCCAGCGCAGGCAUCAUCCACGCCAACACUCUCCGCCUGUGGAACCUCGAGAAGCGCUCCAUCAUCCGCACCCUGACCAUCCCCAACGGUGGCGGUAUCCAGGAUGUCAAGUUCAUCCCCGGCAACAAGGAGUCCGCCGCCAUCGCCACCGCCGUCCACCUCGGACAAGUCUGGAUCAUCUACCCCUUCCGCACCGACAAGGACGGCAAGCAGGGCACCAUCGAGCUCCUCUAUGACCUCGGCGAGAAGGCCCGCGACACCAUCGCCAUCUACUCCGAUCUCACCCAGGACGGCCGCUUCGCCUACUUCACCCUCACCACCGCUAACCACAUCGCCGCCCUCGACAUCUCCGACCUCGACAACGUCAAGCGCCUCGACGACCCCAACGUCACCCAGCCCACCAUCGGCCCCCACUACCUUAAGGUUUCCCCCGACCAGAAGCACCUCGUCGUUACCGACUACUUCGUCCAGACCGGCGAGAUCGGCAUCAUCAACACCCCCGCCGACUUCAAGGCCCUCUACAUCGAUAUCGAGGACAAUGGCGCUCUGAACUUCAACCGCACCAUCGACUUCACCGAUUUCUACAAGACUCGUGGUGGAGCUAAACCCCACUCUGUCGUCAUCUACGAUUUCACCGACCCGGAGAAGCCAAUCUACUACUAGAUACUCUUACGCAUCUUGGAUAGAUAGAGAGAUAAUUGGAUGGACGGAGAGACGCGCAGCUGGAGAGGGGGAGUAGCUGCGCGC